AUGGAAAGUAACACACAACCACUUAUUCCCCAACAAAAUCAUAAAAAAUAUCAUACAUACUCAUUUAUAACAUGUUUUGCUGUUGUUGUUAAUUAUAUUGUUGGUACAGGAGUAUUUGGAUUACCAUCAGCAUUUUAUUCAGCAGGAGUACCAUUAUCAACAAUUACAAUUAUUAUAUUUUGCAUAUUAUCAUGUAUCACUGCAAUUUAUGUAAUUGAAACAUUAUCAAGAUCACAUGGAUAUACUAUGGCAGUAGAAUCAGGAGAAUAUAAAUGUGAAAUGGGAUAUGAAGUAUAUGAUUAUUCAUCUAUGGCACAAAUGUGGGGAGGAAAACCAGUUAAAUGGGCAACCACUAUUACAUUAAUGUGUAGUGCAUAUGGAUCAUUAUGGGCAUAUGUUGCUACAUGUGUUUCUACAUUAUCAACAUUGUUUUGGUUAAUUUAUUCAAAUGAACCAAUGAAAUGUGAUGUAUCUAAUAGAUGGCAUUUUGAUUGGAAGUGUAAUGUAACAUAUUUUACAUCAAUAGGUGUAUAUGGACUUGUUGUUAUUCCACUCACAUUUAUUGACCUUACAGAACAGUCAUUACUUCAAUUAGUAUUAACUGUUUAUAGAUUUGUGUCAUUUUUAAUCAUGUUUAUUACAUGUGUUGUACAAUUAGGAAAAAAUGGACCAAUAGAAUUAAAAGUAAAUACAUAUGAAGAUGUUAGUUUUCUUAAAGAAUUUAGAUGGGUUGGUUUUGGUUCAAUGUUUACACAUGUUGCAUUUGCAUUGGCAUGUCAACAAAAUUUACCUGAUGCACUAGCACCAUUAAAUAAAAAAAAAUUUUCACAUAUUGCUACAUUAGGAUCAAUAGUAUUGUGUUGUUUUAUUUAUAUUGGGAUUGCAUUAGUUACAUCAUGGUGUUUUACAACAUCAACACCAUCACCAGUAACAUUAGCAUGGGCAGAUUAUAAUGGAUAUGAAGGAGGAUGGGGAGUAGGAAAAGCCAAAUGGUGGGCAUUAAUUAUUAAAUAUAUGAUUUUAUUAUUCCCAAUUGUUAAUCUCACUAAUGAAUUUCCAUUAGUAGCAACAACAUUAUCAACUAAUAUGAGAACAUUGUUUAGAAAUAAAAAUAGUAAAAGAACAAAAUUUAUCACUAAAGCAUUAGCUGCAUUUCCACCAUUUAUUUUAACAUGUGCAGUUGGAAGUUUAAGAGUAAUAUUCGAUGUUACUGGAUCAUUUUCAUUUAUGUUAUGUUUCUCUUUACCAUGUAUUUUCCAUUAUUUAUCAAGAAGAAAAGUUAUUGCUAAAUUUAAUAAAACUAAAACACCAUUUAGUGGACCAUGGUCAAGAAUUGAAGUUACAGGAGCUGUAUUUAUUAUAUCAUUAUUGCUCUUUAUUACUGCAGUAGUAUUUAUAAUAAAAGAAUUAGUCACGAAUUUUACUAUUGCCUAA